GUUACAGGACGUUUUGAAAUUCCACACCCUUUUAAAACUAGUUCAGAAAUAGGAAAGCAUGUCCCGGCGCUCAACCAGUUUGCUGUCCACCGGCAAGGAUGCGUCCAAGUCAAGUGCGGAUAGGGAGGAGAAAAACCGACUGGCCCACCUGGAUGCGAUUAUUAAUCAGCUUAAGAACCAGACACUCGGAAAUCGGAGGGCUGGAAAUCUUACGGAGGCCACUUUGAGCUACGUUUGCAGCACCUGCAGGGAAUUGUUUCUGUCCCAACCGAUGCUCCUCGAACUGAGUGCUCCGGUGAAGAUCUGCGGCGACUUGCACGGUCAGUACAAGGAUCUCCUGAGGAUUUUCCAGCAGUGCGGCACACCGCCGCUUUCCAAUUAUCUGUUUCUUGGGGAUUACGUGGAUCGGGGUCAGAACUCCGUGGAAACAUUGGCCCUGCUGUUGGCCUACAAGCUGCGCUUUCCCGAGACUUUCUUUUUGCUGCGCGGCAACCACGAAUCGGCGGAUGUGAAUCGGGUGUAUGGAUUUUUCGACGAGUGUAAGCGAAGGUAUAGUGUGAAAAUGUGGCGAGCCUUUGUGGAUUGCUAUGAUUGCAUGCCGGUGGCUGCCAUUGUGGCGGAUCGAAUAUUCUGUGUUCACGGUGGAUUGAGUCCGGAUCUGAAGAACCUGGAUGAUAUAAGGCGGUUGCAUCGACCAACUGAAGUGCCCAGCGAUGGUUUGCUAUGCGAUUUACUUUGGUCGGAUCCGGAUGAGACAACUGGCACUUGGGCAGCAAAUGAUCGGGGUGUUAGCUUCACUUUUGGGGCUGGAAUAGUGGAGAGCUUUCUGCUCCAGUACAAAUUCAAUCUGGUUGUUCGUGCCCAUCAGGUUGUGGAGGAUGGCUAUGAGUUCUUCGCCGAUCGCCAGUUGGUCACUAUAUUCUCUGCUCCCAACUACUGCAACAUCUUCGAUAAUAGUGGAGCUGUGCUGGUGGUGGAUCCCAACCUAGUUUGUCACUUCAUCAUCAUCCGUCCGCGACCUUCGGCCCGGCUGAUGCCCUUUGAAUCGGACAGUGGAUCGGCUUCCCCUCCGGCUUCUGGACCACCUCCCUCCACCAAAGAGAAGAAAGUCCCGUAGAAGUAUUUGUGUGUGUCUGAAAACAUUAUUAUAAUUAACACAAAACUAUAAUGUAUACAAAUAAUAUAAAAAAUAUGUACAUAUAUAAGAAUAAAUACAAGA